CAUCACACCUGCGCGCGCGCCUCUCUCUCUCUCUCUCUCUCUGCCACUUCAAAGCUCUACUUGAAAGUGGGUUCAAGACAAGAGUUGUUGUUCUUUCCGCCUGGUGGUGCCACGCGCCGAGCACCACCGUUAUCAUCGCCAUGCCUCGAGGAUUUUUGGUGAAGAGACACCGGCGGUGCUCGGCCUCAUACCGGCCGCGAAAUAACAGUAAUAGCAAAGCUGUAACGUACGACGGCGACAGGAGCGGCAGUAACAACUCUGAAGAGAUAAAAUCACAGGUGGUGAAGGAGAGCGACGUGUUGAGCGUCCUCCCGUUUGAGAGGCCGGAUGGACUGCUGCCCGUGUCCCGCCAGGACUCCACCGGAGUCAGAGAGGCGUGGAGCCCGCACGUGGAGUCCGCGCUGGAGGCUGAGGCGGACAGGCGCGCGCAGUUACCGGAGACCGAGGAGCAGGUGAGCGAGGUGGACGUUUUGACUCCUGACGGCGACUUCUCCUGCUUCUUCCCGCCUCCUCCACCUCCGCGCGACUUAACGUUAACGGAGUCUUGCAGCCCCGUUAAACCGGUCGGCACGAGACUGCUGGAGCAGCACGACGAAGGAGAGAAGCAACCGCCGUUCCCCGGAAGGUGCCUGACAUCGUCCCUGGUGUCUGAGUUACCGGAGCUGCCGUUCCUCGUGAGCUCCACGCCAACCUCGGUGUCCGCUUCUAUCGAGAGACUUCUCGCUAGCAGCAGCCGCCACCACGCGCCAUCCUACAGUCACAAUGACAAAUAUGACCCGAAUAUGACCUACGUGCACUUGUUCCCGCCACUCACUCUAAUGAACCAGGAGCAACACCACGCAGCGAGAAAACGCUCGCUCCUUGAACCGGAUCAACGCAACAGACACAACAAACAGUCCGCGGGCAACCCGCCAAAGAAACCCAAAGUGAACCGGAAACUUAACUUCGAGGAUGAGGUCACGACCUCGCCGGUUUUGGGUCUGCGGAUCAAGAAGGAGAGUCCCGAGCUGAGGAGACAACGGGAAAAGUCGUCUGCUUCCACCGGGAAUCAACCGCUGGGAGAGUUCAUCUGCCAACUUUGUAAAGAGGAGUACCCAGACCCUUUCUCCCUCGCACAGCACAAGUGCUCCCGCAUAGUGCGCGUGGAGUACCGGUGUCCCGAGUGCGACAAAGUCUUCAGCUGUCCCGCCAACUUGGCCUCCCACCGGCGUUGGCACAAACCCCGUCCGGUGAACAACCAAGGAGGAGAGACUCCGACAAGCAAGAGCCAGCCGUUAAAAGAGGCACGAGGGCUCAUUCAGCACGAGAGACAGCCGGUAGAGAUGGAGGGCAAGGAAAACGAGCUGCUGCGAAUAAACACUAAUCAGCACCACAGAGCGUUGGACAGCUCCCGCAUCAGGCGCGAGCCGUCCCUUCUUCUGGUCCACGGUCGGUCUCGCGACAGCGACAGCCUCGCGCCUCCUCACUAUGAUUCCUCGCCUCAUUACCGGAACCCGGGGGAGAGCUGUCUGGACUUGCAGCAGCAGGUGAGAGCAGCGGACAGUCCGCCAUCCAGCCUCCUUCUGCUGAAUGACAACCCAGACGAGCGCGCAGACCUGCCACAGCAGCAGCCGUCGUCACUCUCGCACCCUCCCGUACCGUUUGUCCAGUCGUUACCGGAGGAGGAGGUGUACGAGUGCCGGUACUGUGGGAAGAAAUUCCGCCGACAGGCUUACCUCAAGAAACACCUGGCCGCUCACGACAUGACAGCGCGAGCGUCACCGCCCCCCCCGUCUUACGGCCAGUCGCGUGAGAACAGUGCCGGUUCUCAGAGCCAGGUGUUCCUGUGUCACCUGUGCGGCGCGCGCUUCCCGUCAGUUGAAAUCAGGGACAAGCACCGUCUGUGGCACGCGAUGCGGGACGAGUUAUUGGCGGGAACACUGGGAGGAGGACUCAGGCCAGACGUAUUCCACGCGCACAGAGAGGAGACCGGCGCCGGGGAAUGCGAGCAACAGCAGAUCUUCACGUGCAAGCACUGUCCGUCUACGUUCUUCAGCUCCCCGGGGCUCACGAGACACAUCAAUAAAUCUCAUCCCACCGAGAACCGGCAGGUGAUGCUGCUGCAGAUGGCCGUGCGACCGUAAAACGCGCGCGAGAUACAGACACUCAAGCGAACAGAUUCUUUGGAAAAAUGAUGAGUCAUCGAUUAUCAUUACGAGGAAACUAUUAAUUGUGACUGGUUGUUUUCAUUCACAUUUCCGUCAGCUGUCGUUCUGUUGUAAAUUCAGACUGAACCAGUUUGUUGCGCGCAAAAAGUUUCAGAUUUUUAACAGGAUAAGGAUUAAAGGUUGAGUCACUGUGCCUUUUGUUUAAAGGUCAUUUGUUGCAUAAAGGUCCAUGUAUAAUUUAGAAACACCGUGACGAUGUAAGACGUUCUCCGUGAUCGUAACACUAGACAAUGAAACAUAAGAGUGGGUUAAACUGAAACUGUCCAUGGUGCUGAAACUAAAUAAACAACUUCCUGUCAAACACAAGUGACCAAGCAGGACUGCCUUUUUAAUUCACUGGACAGAUGAUAAGAUGUUGCUCGGUCAAUUAAAUAAACUAAAAGUAGAAUCAUUAUAAUGAUGGACAUUUUAAAGUGGAGGGGAAUUAAAGCAUACUUAUUAUGUUGAAAUCCUUUGAGGAAAACACAUUAACUCUCAAUAUUCAAUUUGUUGUUAAAAGGGUUGCAGUCAAUCAUACCAAAAUAAACCAGACAUGUGUUUUUAUAUUUCUAAUAGAGAGAGGAUGUCAUCUCUUUUCAGCUUCUCUUUCGUUGUCACAUAUUAGACUUGCGCUCUAUAAAUAAUUUUGACAUUAAAACUACUUAACUGUUAAAGCUGAGUGAACGGGACAGACUGAAGUUUGACAUUUUGAUCAUGACUAGAAUAAUGUUACAUGUACUGAAGCAAUGACUGACACAGUUCUCUCCAGAUGUGGCAGAUGUUUUUAAGCUCAUGUUCAACAUAUUUCUGUGGUAAAGUAAUCAGAUUACACUGAUGUUUUUUCAGAGCAGUGCAGUGGGUUACAUUACUGGCUGGUGUAAGAUGUGAAACAGAGACAGACCAUAAUCAGCGACAAUGUAAUCACAUUUAGAAAGUGACCUUCCUUAACCUGAACACUGGAGACAGAAUCGAUGUACUAACUCUGUUUCGAAGACAACUUCAUGUACAGCGAACACUAAAAAACAGUAACAGAAAAAGAGAAAAUAAUCAGAUCAUCAAACCAUAAUAUGCCUUUUAUAGUAAAUGUGCCAGUUAACUUCUCAGCUAUAAAAUAUUUUCAUACAGAAAUGGAAAUUUAAUGUUAGUACUGAUAGUAAAAAAUGUCUUUUGUGUUUAAUGAUUAUGUAUUAUUGUUCAAUUAUUUGCUAAAUGGCUUCAUGAUACUAAAAAUGUAAUUGUGGUUCUAAGAAGCCUAUACAGUACUAUUUUGAUAUGUUUUAAGUUGAAUGUGAAAUUUAAUCUAAAUUAUUGUCAAUAAAGGGUAAUACAUCAUGAUCAAUGUGUAGUCCCUCUCUGUCAACUUACCACUGUUGUAUUUAAAUUUCCUGUAUACACACACAAACACACACAUGUAAUAUAUGAAUGGGUCUAGCAAUGAGUGGUAUGAAUCAUUUAUUGUUAAAUUCCAUCAUUGCACAUCCACGCUCUCUGUGUGUCUGAGACAGACGUUACACAUGUACAUACUACAGGUUCAACAGUAACAUAGCUCGAGGAGUGUGUAUGUGCAAGCGUGCGUGUGUGUGUGUGUUGUGAUAACAGCUGUUACAUGGUCAACACAGGCAGUUAGUACUGAACUGGUGUCAUGCAGUAUGUAUAGUCAGUAGUUACAUACAUCAGCCUCGUCCCAGACUAACGUCUGGACGACAACAGCUGAACCCGUAUCCAUCGCAGCCCUGGUGUUUAAUCUAUGUCAGGCACAGACGAUCCAAAUUGUUACUUAUGAAGGGAAAUUUUUGCUGCUGAUAUAGGGACAAGAAAGGGAGUCUGACAUUUCCCCUCUUCAGACAGUGAAGAGGUCAGGCCUGGGCCAAAAAGGCUGAAAUAUAUCUCUACCUAUACAAGCAGAGUUGAAAUUCUCCAGGAGGACGAUGCCUCAGGAUAGCUGAUAUGAUUUUUUGAUAAUGCUGAAAGGCUUUGGGCAAUGUUUUCUAUACAUUUUGGUUGCUGCUAAUCAGGCUUUUAAAACAAACAUGCAUUUACGGAGUCAUACAUCUGAGCUCAGUGCAGUUGAGUAAGCAGAUAUUUUGAAAUUCAUGCCAAACACGAGCUCCUCUGGAGUAUUUACAAUCGGUUAAACAAAUCUGAAGUGUGGAAUUUCCCUGUCUUUCUUGUGGGACAUUAAAGCAGCAUCAGGCCUCAGGUCAUCAUGUGGAGUCACAAGUAUUUUAACAGAAAGAGGAGGUGAAGUUUAGUAUAGGGGCGCUGCUGGGUGGUUUAGGCACUGGGGCAGAAUCUGGGAUAUGAUCAUGUGAACAGGUUCAGGUUGUUUAAGUGUUAACAGAAUGUAACUGAGCAAACUGAGACAGACAGAUCAGUCCCAGGGUGCUGCUACUAGAUCACCUGUCUCAACCAAUCAACGGUCUCAACCAAUCAACGGUGCUUUAACCUCAGCAAUAAUAAUUGUAACAGCAAUAAUUUAAAAGGGACAACUCUGAUCUCAGCUGUCCUCGAAUAUUCACACACACAAAGUAACACAACAUGAAUCUGACCUCAUUGUACAAUGACAAAUCUUUAAAAGUUAACAAUUUCAACCCCAUGAAGGGGCCAAAAAAAAAAAAAAAAAAAGUUUUU